UGCGGCCGAGUGCGGGGCAGGAGCGCGAGCCGAGGGGAGCGCGAGCGAGCGAGCGGGCGGGCGAGGAGCGCGCCGGGAAGCCUGCGAGGGAGCAGAGCGGAGGGAGAAGGAGGGCGACGGAGCCGCGAGGCGCCUGCGCGAUGUUCGGGCCGCUGAGCCCGCGGCGCUGAGCCGGCCGGGACGGACAUGCGCGGGAGGGCGCCGCGGGGCCCCGCUCCCCUGGGGGAAUGAAAGCUACUGGUUGACUUAAAAACCUCUGGGCUUCACAAAUUUGAAGACAUCCCAGAGCCAGGCACAAUGUCAACAGCAGGAGUUGCUGCUCAGGAUGUCCGAGUCCCAUUAAAAACUGGAUUUCUACAUAACGGCCAGGCCUUGGGGAAUAUGAAGACCUGCUGGGGCAGUCGCAGCGAGUUUGAAAAUAACUUUUUAAAUCUUGACCCAAUAACCAUGGCCUACAAUCUGAAGUCCCCUGCCCAGGAGCACCUGACCACUGUUGGAUGCGCUUCGCGGUCUGCUCCCGCACGUGGCCACUUCUUUGCAGAAUGUGCUCCAUCUCCAAAGUCAAGCCUGCCCCCACUGGUUAUCUCACCAAGUGAAAGCUCAGGACAGUGCGAAGAGGAUCAAGUUGUAUGUGGUUUUAAGAAACUCUCAGUGAAUGGGGUCUGCGCUUCCACGCCUCCGCUUACACCCAUAAAAAGCUGCCCUUCCCCCUUCCCCUGUGCAGCGCUGAGUGAUCGGGGCUCUCGGCCACUCCCACCAUUGCCCAUCUCUGAAGACCUAUCUCUGGAUGAAGCCGACUGUGAGGUAGAAUUUCUGACCAGCUCAGACACAGACUUCCUCUUAGAAGACUGUGCACCUUCUGAUUUCAAAUACGCUGUUCCUGGCAGGCGAAGCUUCCGGGGGUGCGGACAGAUCAACUAUGCAUAUUUUGACACCCCAACUGUUUCUGUGGCAGAUCUCAGCUGUGCGUCUGACCAGAACAGAGUUGUUCCAGAUCCAAAUCCUCCUCCACUUCAAAGCCAUCGCAGAUUAAGGAGGUCUCACUCAGGUCCAGCUGGGUCAUUCAACAAGCCAGCCAUCCGGAUAUCCAGCUACACACACAGAGCUUCUCCCAGCUCAGAUGAAGACAAGCCUGAGGUCCCUCCCAGGGUUCCUAUACCUCCUAGGCCGGCAAAGGCAGACUACAGAAGGUGGUCAGCGGAAGUGACCUCGAACACAUACAGUGAUGAAGACAGGCCGCCCAAAGUCCCGCCGCGAGAGCCAUUGUCGCGGAGCAACUCCCGCACCCCAAGUCCGAAAAGCCUUCCAUCUUACCUCAAUGGGGUCAUGCCCCCGACGCAGAGCUUUGCCCCUGACCCCAAGUAUGUCAGCAGCAAGGCCCUGCAGAGACAGAGCAGCGAAGGGUCUGCCAACAAGGUUCCUUGUAUCCUGCCCAUUAUUGAAAAUGGGAAGAAAGUUAGUUCAACGCAUUAUUACCUACUACCUGAGAGACCACCGUAUCUAGACAAAUAUGAAAAGUAUUUUAGGGAAGCAGAAGAAACAAACCCAAGCACUCAGAUCCAGCCAUUGCCUGCUGCCUGUGGUAUGGCCUCCGCCACAGAAAAGCUGGCCUCCAGAAUGAAAGUGGAUGUGGGUAGUCACGUGAAGCGCAAACACUUAUCCUAUGUGGUCUCUCCGUAAACGUGGGGGUCGUGGUUCAACAGAAGUUAUAUGGAGUGGGUGGCUCCUAGUUUUCCAAUUUGAAGUUCACAGAACAACGUCAGGUUGCAAACUGAAGUUGGCGGACUCUGCCUUAAUGAGAAAGGCUGAGAGCAGUUAUGAGGUGCUGUUACGCUGGGAGUUCCUGGUUUAUCAUGUAGGAGAAAAAAGUCUAAUUGAAAGAUGUGCUAGAGGGGAGGGAAGAAUGGGGAAACUUUUACAUUGGACUACAUUAUAUGCCUAUGUAUAAGCGUGCGGUGUAACCGUAGACCAUAGCUGCAGGGUAACCAGUUAGUCACUGUCUUAGAGCAGCAUGUACUCAGAAUAACUAAAAACAAGCUGGAGGAACAGCUCCUCAUAGUGUGAAAAUGGAGCAAAUGGAAGAAGCAGAAUUGUCCGACCAAGUUAUAAAUGUGUUAAGUUUAAAGAUUCCUGGCAUUCGGGCUGCUCUAGAGUUUGUUUUCUCCCCUCCACCCACUAGCAGUCUUCUCCAUACAGGACGGGCGUGUUCUUCUCCAGGCCUGUACCGUCUUGUUGAAAUCAUUCUGUGGCCCAGUACUUCCAGCUCUGGGGUUUUGUCUUAUUGAGGAGAAGGAUAGCAGUUGCUGGACCAUGUUAUCACCUAUGUGUGUCUCACAUCGUAAAUCGAAGAAUUAGUGUAGAACUGUCCCAUACUAUCUGCUUUUCCCAUCCACUGAACUGGCCAGUUGUAGCAAGAGGCUUUCGAGAGAAUACGAUGGAGUUGUACUGGCCCUCCGUGUUUGGGAUGCAAGUUUCACAGAUUAACGCAGCGAUUCGCUAUGUGAUUGAGAUUUACUGUGUAGGGGUGUAUGGUAUGUUUUUGGUUUUUUGGUUUUGUUUUUUAGACUUAAUAAACAAGUACAACACAAGCUGGUCUUGUGUUGCUGGUUCCUAUUCAGUAUUUUCUGGGGAUUGUUUGCUUUUUCAGUGAAACACUUCUGACCAAUAGCACAGAAUGUCUUAAUGCCAGAGGUCACUGCAGCAUCUUCCUGCUUCACUGCCCUGAGAUUCCGUGAGACACGUAGCCGUGUUCAGUUCUUUACGUCCUCUGAUGUGUUUGUCUUGUGUAGAUGAGCACAGAGAGAAGGUGCUCGCUGAGAGGACACUGCUGCGGCGUCCCAACAAGCUGUUCAGUUUAAACUGCUGAAUGACAUUAUUUGAGCUAUUUAAAGCUUACUGUAUUCUAGUAUGAACUAAAUGAAGGUUAAAACAUGCUUUAGAAAAAUGCACUGAUCUCCGCACUGUGUACAGUAUUGGACAAAGGAUUUAUUCAUUUUGUUGCAUUAUUUUGAAUAUUGUCUUUUCAUUUUAAUAAAGUUAUAUACUUAUUUAUGACACCAUUAAGAA